AUGGAUAUAAAAACGAAGGCGUACGAGAAGCAGACAAACAGUUCCACUUGAUACUCGCAAGACGAUAGAACCCAGAGAGAGAAGUGCUUCAAGUCCCAUCAUGUAUUUGCUUAUAAGUCUCUUUGGAGUGCUGGCGGUGAUGCAGCAGCAGCUGGAGGCCGCAUACAUCCCGGAUUCGGAUAGGAAUACGAAAACUCUCCAGAACGAUCUGCAGGUGGAGCGGGAUGGCAACUAUCGCUAUGCAUACGAGACAUCCAAUGGCAUAUCCGCCUCCCAGGGCGGCCUAGGCGGUGUGUCUGUUCAGGGCGGCUCCAGUUACACCUCUCCCGAAGGAUCUGUGAUCAGUGUUAGCUACGUGGCCGAUGAGACUGGCUAUCACCCAGUGGGCGAUCACAUACCCAAAGUGCCGGACUACAUUCUGCGCGCCCUGGAGUACAUUCGCACGCAUCCGUAUCAGGUGAAGGAUUACUACACGGGCGAGCUGAAGCCAGUGGCCCACGAUGCUGCCGCUUUCAAUGUCUACAGCAGAAACAUCCACGAACAGACGACACCUCGUUCCCGGCCAAGUGCCACACCAAAGACCAUUUAUCUCACACAUCCACCCACCAUCCAACCUCUGCGACAGCGACAAAGCGCUUCGAGACGUCGAUGAUCCGUGGAUAGGUGAUUGGAGAUCGGUAAUGGGGGGCAGGUCUCAAUAGAACACAAUGCAAAAAUCUGUGAAUUUCAAACUUAACAAUUAAUUAAGGCACAAAAACAAUAAAUAUAGAAACAACGUAA